AUGGAUCCCUUCUCCAUCGGCGAGGAAGCCGGCCCCGUGGCCGGUCCCAGCACGCACGGGCUGCUGGAGACCGCGGUGCCAGACGCGCGGGCCGGGACAUACAUCCUGGAUGUGCGGGUGGCGGCCGGCAGCGCGCGGGCCGGCGUCCUGACCAGCACCGAAACCAUCAGCCUGUACGACUGCGCGGCGCCCGGUGGCAUGGGCCUGGCCACGGCGCUGCAUGUUCCCGGUGCCCAGGGGUUCCGGUUUGGCCGGGCGGAGGCCGGAGCCAUCGAGGUGGCCGGCAGCCUGGCCGAGGCCGGGGCCGCCGGGGAUGCCGGCGUGGCCGAUGCCGUGGCCGACAUCCCGUGGCUGGUGUUCGCCACGGCCGGGACCGAUGGGGCCGUGCGGAUGUGGGACCUGCGGGCACCGCCGAGCGAGGGCGGGCGCGUGUGCGUGGCCUGGCGGCCGGGCGGCGUGACGGCCUUCGAUGUGGCGGCCGGCGGGCAUAUGCUGGUCACCGGCUCGCCGGUGGACAUGGACCUGUGCAGUGCGCCGGUGUGCCUGUGGGACGUGCGGAUGGCGGCCGGCGGCGCCCCCCCGAAGCCGAUGGCCACCUUCGGCGAGUCGCACACGGACGAGGUGACGGCCAUCCGGUGCCACCCGCGCGCGGCCAAUGUCUUCCUCUCGUGCGCCGAGGAUGGUCUGGUGUCGGCCUUUGUGCUGAAUGCCGGGGCCCGGUCGGUGGAGGAGGAGUCGGUGGAGUGCGUGCUGAACACCCGGCAGAGCCCGGCCAUGGCGGAGUUUGCCCGGGUGCCGGGGCCCGGGGGCAUGGCCGCCGGGGGGGCCCCCCUGGCCUUGGCGGUGACCAGCCACGCCGAAACGGCCGGGCUGUGGUCCGUGGACACGGCGGCCCUGGCCGUGGAUUGGCCGGAUGUGCGGGCGCGCGCCCGCACCGCCGGUGCUGCGGUCAACUCGCUGAUUGGCUUCACCCACCGGACGUAUGUGGCCCCCGGGGAAGGGGGUGCCGCCGGGGCCGGGGGCCUCCUCGGGCCGGGGCUGCUGCUGCUGGGCACCGAGGGCGACGGGACGCUGGCCGGGCUGGCGCUGGAUCCGACCCAGCCGGCUGGCGUGCGGCAGGUUCUGCGCCUGGCCGGUGGCCAUGAGGACCAUGUGCGCGCGGUGGCCUGGCUCGGGGCGGACCGCAUCAUCACCGGCGGCGAGGACGGCCGGGUGUGCGUGUGGGGCGGCUUGCCGGAGUCACCGGCGGCGGCGGCGGCGGCGGCGGCGGCCCCGAUGUCACCACAAGCCGAGCAGCGUCCGGCCGUGGUGCUGGCCGAGCAGCCGGCGCCGGCCAUGUCGCGGCGGGCCCCGUCGAGUUUCGCCUCGCGGCCCCGCCCGGCCCCGCGGAGGAAUCCCUUCUAA